AUGGGUUCUUGGUGGAUUCAUUACAAACCACCAGCCAUGAGAGCUGUAGUGCUUGCCUUGACUCUGGCCCUUGUGGCAAGUCAUCAGAUUAACCUCGUUCCAGAGUUUUCUGCGGGUAAGAGCUUUGUGUACAAGUAUGAGGGUUUGCUCUUGGGCGGUCUGCCUCAAGAGGGUCUGGCCAAGGCUGGUGUCAAAGUCAGCAGCAAGGUUCUCAUCAGUGCUGUAGCCCAAAAUACCUUCCUCAUGAAGCUCCAGGAUCCUCAACUCUUUGAGUACACUGGCGUCUGGCCCCAGGAUGCUUUCAAUCCUGCUGCAAAGCUCACCUCAGCACUAAAUGCUCAGCUUGUGAUUCCCAUUAAAUUUGAGUAUGCCAGUGGUGUGGUAGGUAAGAUAUUUGCCCCUGCUGGAGUCUCUGCUACUGUCCUGAACCUGCACAGAGGUAUCCUCAACAUCUUUCAGCUCAACCUCAAGAACACACAGAAUGUGUAUGAAAUGCAUGAGGCUGGACCUCAGGGAGUCUGCAAGACCCACUACAUGAUCAGUGAGGAUGAAAAGACCCAUCAGAUUGCUGUGAGAAAGUCCAAAGACCUGACCAACUGCCAUGAGAGAGCCAUAAAGGAUAUUGGUUUAGCUUACACUGAAACCUGUGUUGAGUGCCAGCAGAGGCUUAAGAGUCUGACUGGGACUGCAACAUUCAGCUACAUCAUGAAGCCCACAGAUACAGGUGCUCUGGUUUCUGAGGCCAUAGUUGAUGAGGUCCAUCAGUUCUCACCCUUAAAUACAGUAACUGGAGCAGCUCAAAUGAAAGCCAAGCAAAUGCUGACUUUACUGGAAGUGCAGAAUUCCCCUAUUGCUCCCCAUGCAGGUGAAUACUUGGCCCGUGGAUCCCUGAAGUAUGAAUUUGCUACUGAGAUUCUUCAAACCCCAAUUCAACUUCUCAAGAUCAAUAAUGCACAGGCCCAAAUUGUAGAGGUCUUGCAGCAUUUGGCUGCAAAUAAUGUGGAUAUAGUUCAUGAGGACGCUCCUCUGAAGUUUGUCCAGCUUGUCCAGCUCAUGCGUGCAGCUACCUUGGAGAGUAUUGAAGCCGUCUGGGCUCAGUACAAGAACAAGCCUCUUCACAGACGGUGGAUUUUGGAUGCACUUCCUGUUGUGGGUACACCAGCAGCUCUGAGAUUCAUCAAGGAGAAGUUUCAAGCUGAUGAGCUUACUGUCCCUGAAUACACUCAGGCCCUUCUGGUUGCUUUGCACAUGGUCACCGCUAAUCCAGAUGCCAUCCAACUCACUGCUAAUCUGGCUUCGAACCCCAAAGUCAAGACUAUUCCAGUUCUGCGCGAGGUGAUCAUGCUUGGCUAUGGUUCCAUGAUUGCCAAACACUGUGCUGAAGUUCCUACAUGUUCUGCUGAUCACCUGAGGCCUAUCCAUGAGACUGCUGCUGCGGCUAUUUCCAAGGCUGAGAUUCCCGAAAUCAAACUGGCUCUUAAGGUUCUGGGCAAUGCUGGCCAUCCUGCCAGUCUUAAAACCAUCAUGAAACUCCUGCCUGGAUUUGGAAGUGCUGCCGCUGCCAUUCCCAUGAGGGUCCAGAUUGAUGCAGUCUUGGCUCUUAGGAACAUUGCCAAGAAGGAACCAAAGUUGGUUCAGCCAGUGGCACUGCAACUUUUCAUGGACAAGGCACUCCAUCCUGAACUGCGCAUGGUUGCCUGUAUUGUGCUCUUCGAGACCAAGCCAUCAACAGCCCUUAUGGCCACUGUUGGUGGAGCUUUGGAGAAGGAGCCCAACAUGCAUGUUGCCAGUUUUGCUUAUUCUCAUAUCAAGUCUCUGACCAGAAGCAUGGCCCCUGACCAUAUGCAUGUGGCUGCUGCAGCAAACGUUGCCAUCAGGAUGUUGAGCCCCAAACUGGACAGACUGAGCUAUCAUUUUAGCAGAGCCAUCCAUUUUGAUUUCUAUAUCUCUCCUCUCAUGGUUGGUGCUGCUGGUAGUGCUUACAUGAUCAAUGAUGCUGCCACCAUCUUGCCCAGAGCUGUUAUAACUAAAGCACGAGCCUACCUGGCUGGAGCUGCUGCUGAUGUUCUUGAGGUUGGUGUGAGAACUGAAGGACUCCAGGAAGCUCUACGGAAGACUCCUGCUGCAGAUGAAAAUGCUGACCGCAUGACUAAAAUAAAGCGUACCCUUAAGGCUCUGAUGGACUGGAAGUCUAUGCAAACGAAUCAACCACUGGGUUCCAUCUUUGUCAAAGUUCUUGGACAGGAAAUUGCUUUUGCCAACAUUGACAAAACCUUCAUUGACAAAAUCAUCCAACAAGCAGCACAGACUGCUACUGGACCACAAGCUCGUGAACUGUUGAAGGAGGCUGUUAAGGCAUUGCAGAAAGGCAUUACCUUCCAGUAUGCCAAGCCCCUGCUGGCAGCUGAGGUGCGCCGCAUUCUGCCCAGUUCUGUUGGUGUGCCAAUGGAGCUUGGUUAUUACACUGCUGCUGUUGCUGCUGCAGCUCUCAAUGUUCAGGCAGCUAUUACCCCUCCUUUACCUGAACAUCCAGAGACUCUUACUCUUGAUCAGUUGAUGAAGACCGAUUUCCAGUUGCAAGCUGAGGCCAGACCAAGUGUUGCCCUCCAGACAUUUGCUGUGAUUGGAGUGAACACUGCCUUGAUUCAGGCUUCUGUUAUGGCCAGAGGAAAGGUACACUCUGUUUUGCCAGGGAAACUGGCUAUAAGAGCUGACCUUCCAAAGGGCAGUGUAAAGGUGGAGGCUCUGCCUGCUGCUGUUCCUGAUCAUAUUGCUGCUGUCAGCUUUGAGACUGUUGCUGUGGCCAGAAACAUUGAGGAUCUCCCCACUGAGAGAGUAGCAUCUCUGGCACCUCCAAUGCCCUCUGAUGCUGCAAAGAGGUUUAUACCUGCCUCAAUUCAGAAAUCCUUGUGUGGUUCUCUUCCUUAUUUUAACAUCAAAGGAUGUCUUAAGUUUGCCUCCCAGAAUGCUGGCUAUAUGGAGUUAAAUCCUCUGUAUUAUAUGGCUGGACGACACUCAGCUCAAAUUUCAGUGGAAAGAGGUGAUGGUCCUGCACUUGAAAGACUGGAGUUUGAGGUACAAGUUGGACCUAAAGCAGCUGAGAAGCUUAUGAAAGAAAUCAGCCUUGUUGAUGCUGAUAAUCCAGAAGAAAGUACCAUCCUGUUGAAACUAAGGGAAAUUCUGGAGGCUGGACUGAGGAAUGUAAAUUUCAGCUCAAUCAACUACUCUUCCUCUGCCAGCAGCAGUAGGAGUGCCAGCAGCAGUAGGAGUGCCAGCAGCAGUAGGAGUGUCAGCAACAGUAGGAGUGUCAGCAGCUCUAGGAGUUCUUCCAGUGCUCGUGUCACCAAGAAUACUAAUACAUAUGGUCCAUUCCUGAAGUUCCAUGAGGAUCAGUACUUGGCAUCACGGGGAAUGUCAAAAGCCAGCAGCGCAUCUAGCAUUGAGGCCAUACAACGAAAGGCUAACCUAUUUGGAGAUGCUGUUCCACCUGCUUUUGCUAUCAUCGCUCGUGCUGUUAGAGCUGACCGCAAGCUGGGAUACCAGUUUGCUGCUUACUUGGACAAGCCCACUUCAAGAGUACAGGUUGUGUUUGCCUCUAUUGCUGAGAGUGACAAAUGGAAGAUAUGUGCUGAUGCUGUACUUCCAAGCAAGCAUAAAUUCGCUGCCAGGUUUGCUACUGGUGAGCAGUGCCAGGAAUAUUCUGUAGCUGUCAAGGCUGAAACUGGUCUGCAUGAGGCACAUCCUGCUGCACGGUUGGGAUUGGGCUGGAACAGAGUACCAAAGAUCCUAACUAUUGCUAUCCCCUAUGCCAAGUGGGCAAGGGAGUACAUCUUUAAGGUAGCUCCCCUGGCUGGAGUUAAUGCUGAUAGAGCUGAGAAUAAUGAAAGAGAGAUUGACUUCACUUUUGCCCUACCCACUCAAAAGUCUCUCAGCAUUAUUAUGAGGAUUCCAACGAUGACACUGUCAAAGCCAGCUAUGCGUCUUCCUAUUGCCCUGCCCAUUGAACAGGAUGGAACUAUUCCAGCUCUCAAGAAUUUAGACAUUCGUGCCAUUGUUGAGAAAUGGUGGAAUGAUAUCAGAGAAAGCUGA